GCGAGGAGGCGGUAACGCGCACGCGCGCUGGGAUCCGGCCCGGGCCGAGCGCGCGGCGCGACGACUGCGGGUGACUAGCAUGCAGAUAGCCAUUCUCUGACCUGCUGCCCUUCUUCUGACAUGGCCCACCGAGGUGGGGAGAGGGACUUCCAGACCUCAGCACGGCGCAUGGGCACCUCGUUGCUCUUCCAGCUUUCGGUGCAUGAGCGGGAGCUGGACCUAGUGUUUCUGGACCAUAGCUAUGCCAAGCCUUGGAGUGCCCACCCAGAUGCCAGUAGUGCCCGCCCCACCCGCAUGCUCUUUGUUACUCCCCGGAGGCAGCACGAAAGUACCAUUGAAUCAGAUGUCCCAAUAGAUGUGGAGACAGUCACAUCAACACCUGUGCCACUCUAUGACAAUCAGAAAGCGCGCAGUGUGAUGAAUGAGUGUGAGCGGCACGUCAUCUUCGCUAGGACCGAUGCAGAUGCCCCUCCCCCACCGGAGGACUGGGAGGAGCAUGUCAACAGGACUGGCUGGACAAUGGCCCAGAACAAGCUAUUCAACAAGAUCCUCAAAGCCCUGCAGUCUGACCGGCUUGCCCGCUUGGCCAAUGAAGGGGCUUGUAACGAGCCAGUGCUGCGCCGUGUUGCUGUGGACAAGUGUGCGAGGAGAGUGCGGCAGGCUCUGGCAAGUGUGAGCUGGGACACCAAGCUGGUCCAGUGGCUGCACACCACCCUGGUGGAGACCUUGAGUCUGCCCAUGCUGGCAGCCUACCUGGAUGCUCUGCAGACGCUGAAAGGGAAGAUCCCUACCUUGAUAGACCGGAUGCUUGUGUCAUCCAACACAAAGACAGGGGCUGCAGGAGCUGAAGCCUUGUCCCUUUUGCUGAAGAGGCCCUGGGACCCUGCCGUGGGAGUGCUUUCUCAUAACAAACCAAGCAAGCUCCCUGGCUCUCCUCUCAUCCUUAUUGCCUCCUCUGGGCCCUCUAGCUCCGUGUUCCCCACCUCCCGCCGCCACCGCUUCUGGCAGUCUCAGCUGUCCUGCUUAGGCAAGGUCAUCCCUGUGGCCACCCAUCUGCUGAACAAUGGUAGUGGGGUAGGAGUUCUGCAGUGUCUGGAGCACAUGAUUGGGGCAGUGAGAAGCAAAGUGCUGGAGAUUCACAGCCAUUUUCCCCACAAACCUAUUAUCUUGAUUGGCUGGAACACAGGAGCUUUGGUGGCCUGUCACGUGUCGGUGAUGGACUAUGUCACUGCAGUUGUCUGCCUUGGGUUUCCUCUGCUCACCGUGGAUGGCCCCAGAGGGGAUGUGGAUGAUCCACUCUUGGAUAUGAAGACUCCAGUCCUCUUUGUGAUUGGUCAGAAUUCCCUGCAGUGUCACCCUGAAGCCAUGGAGGACUUCCGGGAGAAGAUUCGGGCUGAGAACAGCUUGGUGGUUGUUGGGGGAGCUGAUGAUAAUCUCAGAAUAAGCAAAGCAAAGAAGAAAUCAGAAGGCUUGACUCAGAGCAUGGUGGACCGAUGUAUUCAGGAUGAGAUCGUGGACUUCCUGACUGGAGUGCUCACUCGCACCGAGGGGCAUGUGGGCUCUGAGCCUCGGGAUCAGGAUGCUGAGAAAAAGAAGAAGCCCCGGGAUAUGGCCCGCAGAGACCUGGCCUUUGAAGUCCCCGAGCGGGGCAGUCGACCUGCGUCACCGGCUGCCAAGCUGCCUGCCUCACCCUCGGGCUCGGAGGAUCUCUCCAGUGUGUCCAGCAGCCCCACCUCCAGUCCCAAGACCAAAGUGACCACGGUGGCCUCUGCUCAGAAGUCCAGUCAGAUUGGAAGCACUCAGCUGCUGAAGAGACAUGUACAGCGGACGGAAGCUAUGCUGACCCACAAACAAGCCCAAGCUCAGUUUGCUGCUUUUCUGAAACAAAAUAUGCUGGUGAGGAAAGCUCUUCCUCCCGGCACCUCCUCCUGUCUCUUUGUUCCUAUUUCAUCAGAACAAACCGAGGAAUCCGAGAAAGAAGAUCUCAGGGUCCAGCUGAAGCGGCAUCAUCCCUCCAGCCCUCUUCCUGGCAGUAAGACCUCCAAGCGACCGAAGAUCAAGGUGUCCCUUAUCUCCCAAGGGGACACAGCUGGAGGGCCUUGUAUUCCUUCCUCAGGAGGAGCUUCAGAAGCCACAGGAGGGAAGCCCAUCACCAUGACACUGGGGCAAGCUUCUGCAGGGGCCAAGGAGCUCACAGGGCUUCUCACCACAACCAAGUCAAGUGCUUCUGAAGGGGGAGUCCCAGCCAGCCCAGUGUCCUCAGUGGUUUCCAGCAGCACUGCGCCCAGUGCCUUGCACGCACUCCAGAGCCGCCUUGUGGCCACCUCUCCUGGCAGCUCCCUCCCAGGGGCCACAUCAGCCAGCAGCCUCCUCCAAGGCCUCAGCUUCAGCUUGCAGGAUAUCAGCAGCAAGACCUCUGGUCUCCCAGCAAACCCUUCCCCAGGGCCAGUCCCACAGGCCACCAGUGUGAAGUUGCCCACCCCCAUGCAGAGCCUGGGUGCCAUCACCACGGGCACCAGCACCAUUGUCCGUACCAUUCCUGUGGCCACCACUCUCUCCUCCUUGGGUGCCACUCCUGGUGGGAAGCCCACAGCCAUCCACCAGCUGCUGACUAAUGGGGGCCUCGCUAAGUUGGCAAGCAGCCUCCCUGGCCUGGCUCAGAUCUCUAACCAAGCAACAGGCUUGAAGGUCCCCACCACGAUUACUCUGACACUCCGUGGCCAACCCAGCCGAAUCACCACGCUGAGCCCCAUGGGCUCAGGAGCAGCCCCAUCAGAGGAGCCCAUUUCCCAGGUGCUGCCCUCCAGCUCACAGCGCCUGCCUCCAGCACCCUGAAGAUGCCGUGCAGUGUGUCCUCCUUUAUCAGGUUGGUGAUGGCUGCUGGACGGGGAGACCUGGGCACGUGUGCUGUCCUGCUGAGCUAGCUGUCCACUGUCUGAAGAUCUUUCACACAGUCAUUUUUGCCUCUCUUACAACUGUCUUCAGGAUUGGGCCUCUGGGUCUUGUAUGACCAUUAGGCAAGGUGACCUGGUGCCAGCAAGGGGGGGGCCUUGCCUUCUACAGGUCUGGCUUCCAGAAUCCCCAGGUCCGCAGCAGAUCUGGCUGUGCAUGGCUCAGAGGCACUUCUCCAGCAUUAGCUGUAGCUUGACAAGUGGCAGUUUUGGACUACUCACUGCCUUGAAAUAAAGGAGUUCCUCUUCGAAGUCCAUGCUGCCCUGAGCCAAGUCAGGAGGAGACAUCCAUGUGAUCUGGGGCUGCAGGCAUUGGGAUUGAGAGCCCUUUGCUGAGGACCGGGAUCGUCCUGGCCCACUGGCUGGUGGUGUCAGAAGGGCUUGUUUUGUGCAUCACUGUCGUCUCCACUGAGCAGCCGUGGGAGGAGUGCUCCCUGUGCAGCUCCCUCUUAGGAAGCACACUGGAUGCCAGGCAGCCCGCUGAGCCCUGGGGACUCCUCAGUUCAAAUACACCAGAGAGCAAAGAACUGGGUGAUCAUUUUUCAGUCCCUUUGGCCUGAAAACUGUGGGGAGCAGCAGUUGCCAGGAGGUGGAAACUGCCUUCUUUCUUUUUUCCAUCACGCUUUGGGCAGUUCCUGUAUCCUGAAAGCCUGAAGGUCUGGAAAGGCUGAAGAAGAGGAGGGAAGAGCAAAUGAAAUGGCUUGAAGGGCAUGUCAGUAAUUCCUUAGUGAAAACAGUUUGGGGUUGAGGCUAAGGAACUGUCGAUGCAAUUGGAGAUGAGAAGAAUUUGCUGAACUAGAGGGAAGAAACCCAACCCCUGAAGUUGCUGUCUCCAGUGCUUGGAAGUGAAACGGGUAAACUGCUGGAGUCACAUCUUGCCUGUUGCAGGAAGCUUGGGCAUCAGGACAACGAAGGCCGUGCUUCAGGAUUUCUGUUUCUGUUCUGUGCGACUUUUUGUCUUCUUGCUUAGAAGUGGGAAGAUUAUUGUCCUUGACCCUACUGUGCAGGGCUCUUGGUAUUGGCCUGAACACUGGAGGUGAAGGUUCGUUCCUGAGAUGUGAUCGCUAAAGAUGGAGCUCUGAGCCUCUCCUUACCUCCUUGGAGUACUUGUGUGCAAGAGAGUUUUUAGAUUUGGCUUCGAGUCUGUCCUCCAGAGCAGGCUCCCUUCUCAUCUGUACUCUAGAAUGUUUCCAGCCAAGGUGACAGAUAAAGCCACCCAGACACAACUGUUGAAUAUCUGUAGGCAGGGAGGGCCCACACCCUGCCAUGGCCAGACUUGUGGUCCAGAGUUCUGAGCCAUGGUGCAGCAUAUCUCCCAACCAGGCUACCUGCGUUCAGUCCAGGAGCCUCACCUGCCUGUGAGUGGCAGCCGGGAACAUGUGGAGGAGUCUCAGACAAGGCAGGUUGGGGAGGUGCAGGCAGGGCCAGGGGUGAUUGUGCUGGGAGCGGAGAGGGCAGCUUAUCCCCUCCCUCUUUAACCUUCUGCAGAGCUGGUCUCAGCAGUGAUUCACACAGAGUUAGGCUGCCUUCUUGUAUUAGCUGACAGGUAACUGUUUUCUGAAAUUCAGGAGGCAUUUAGUAAGUUUGAGGAAGUUAUAAAAGAGACAUCCAGGGUCAGCGGUUAAUAACUUCACAGUUAGGAUAAUAACAUACCAAUAGGAACUGAGGACACUGCAACCGUGAGACUGUGUGAAGCUUUUAAGAAUCAGAGGUUCCUGAACAACCCAUUCAUGACUUAGGAGUGCAGCCUAACAGCACUGAAGGGGCUUCUCCUGAAAGAUGCUGGCCCAGUGUGCGCAAGGGCCAAAGGAAAAACUAACGCCUUGUCCUAAGUUGGUGUAAAUCAUAGUAUGCUUGCUAGGGAUGAUUUCCUGAGGCUUGGAUUGUACACUGUGAAGAAUGCCAAAACUGGAGAAGGGAGUUGUGAGAACCUUGUUUUUCUCGACCAUGGAGGGACAGGCCAAAAGGGGAAGUGGUUGAAGUCUAUAGAAUCAUGUUCUCCAAUUCCAUACUUUUCCAACACACUUCUUGAGGUGUAAAGGAAGCUUUCCUCUGCCUAUCACGUAGCAGACCUGGACUUCACUACAGAAGGUCAUACUACUGGCCAGAAAUGUAGAAGGAUCGAGAGGGCUUUAGUGAAAUUCCUAGAUGACAGGUGCAUGGUGAUGCCCUACGCAAGAUGUCCUUCUGCUUUGAGGAGGAAGACCUUCUGUCUGUUUUUGGCUCUACCACUAGAAUGGUCUUGGGCUGGAUGGGUUAUAGAGCUGAGCUGCUGUGAUGGUUCUGUUCCUACAUUAGCCAAAACAAUAAAAAAUAAAAAUCAA